CUCAAGGAGAAAAAAUUGCUCCCUAUGUUUUUAAAAUCAAUGACACCCAAACUCUCCAGGGAUAUCUAGAUCAAGAAAAAAUUACUUAUGAAAUUUACCAAGAAGAACGGAAAAUCAUAACAAAUAAACGAACAUUAACACCAGCACAUGGUGAACUGAGAAAAAAACGAAAAUUAGAAGACAGGUAA